UGAAAAUUUGUUUUACAUUUGUGGUGUGUUUUGGUUCGGUUUUUGUUGUUUCCUUCGUAAACAAACAGUAAAGUAAGGAAUAAAAAUGUUUCCCGAAGAACCAGUAACAGACACAUUAAAUAAAUGCCGAAUAUGCCUCAGGUUUGAACCUGAUACAAAAGCGAUUUCGUUUUUUGAUGUGUAUUUUGAAGAUCUGAGCCUAGCUCAAGUUUUUGCAAAUAUCACUUCUUACGAGGUUAUUGAAGACGAUAGACUCCCGAAAAGCAUUUGCAUGACCUGCAGAACAGCCAUCAUUAAUUUCAAUAACAUGAUAUCAAUUUUUCAAGAAACCGAGGUAUUUUUGAAAAAGCAGCUUUUUAAGGAGGACGUUUUGGAAGAGAUUACUGAGAUAUCGAAUGCUGAAAAUGAAGAUUUAAUUUUGACUGAAAUAAAUAAUAUGGAAAGCAGUCAUGAUGCUGAUAACAAUGAUGACCACUUUGAUGAUGAUGAUAAGACGAAUAUCGAUUAUGAAGAUAUUUCUGACAAACAAGCAGAUUCUAAAGAUUCGGAAAUGUUAGAAGUCAAAAAAAGGCAGAGUUUUGUAUUCCCAGAAACGCUGUCAAAUAACGGAGAAUACAAAUACGUUAAUACUGUUAAGUACACUUGCGAAUGUGGAGAUUGUUUUUUAUACAAAAUAGGUUUUCGUCAUCACAUGCAAUACAGACAUAACAUAAUUGUUGACGAUAAUGAUUUGCCAAAAUACGCCGAAAGCAUUACCCUAACAAUUCCAACUGGUUUUCCAAAUUAUGUCGAAUAUGUUUCAUCAAAAACCGUCGUUAAAAGGAACAAGCUGCAAUGCAGAAUUUGUUCUGUUGUGUUCUCCACCAAGGAAGAAGUGAAAGCUCAUGAAGAAGACCACAAGACGCACAUUUGCGACCAAUGCGGAGCCGCCUUCCUGAAAAAAUGCUACCUUCAAGAUCACCAGUUAAUGCAUUCAGAAGACAGACGGUACAAAUGCAAAGUUUGCUUCAAAGCUUUCAAACACCGCCACAGCCUGAGUGUUCAUAAACGAAUUCACGACGACACUAAAAGUUUUGUGUGCGAAAUUUGCGGAACGGGUUUCUCGCAACGAACCACUUUGGUAACGCACAAUUUACUGAAACACAGCAACGUUAAAAAUUUCCCUUGCCCCAGUUGCAAUUUGAGGUUCAACCUAAAAUCCACUCUAAACAAACAUUACAUUAGAAAACACACGUUUAACAGGGAGAAAAGUUUCGUUUGCAACAAGUGCGGCGCGGCCUAUCUGAACAAAACCACUCUCACAAGACACAUGUCCGAUAAACACUUAGGCAAAGCUAAGUAUUUCCCUUGUACAAUUUGUGAAAAUAAAAUGUACGUUAUGAAGAAAGGUUUACGUUCGCAUAUGAUGAAAAAGCAUGGGAUAUUCGAAUGAAAAUCGGAUGGUGCAUGACUUAAUUAAAUCGAGUACAAAUUCAAAAAAAUAUAUUACGCAAAAAUUAUGUUAUGUACGUUUAUAAAGAAA